AUGCCACGAGCAUCCAAACUCCUCCCCUCCCUAGGCCACGCCUCCUCCGGCGCGGCCGGCACAGUAAUCUCCACCCUCCUUACCUACCCCCUCGACCUAGUCAACACCCGCCUCAAAGUCCAGCGCCAGCUCCGCCUCGACGACUCCCUCUCCGAAGACGAGUGUUACCGCUCCGUCUUUGACGCCUUUGUCAAGAUCUACGACACCGAAGGCGGGAUCCCGGCAUUCUUUGCCGGUUUGAGCGCCGAUGUUCUCAAAUCAGCGGUGGAUUCAUUUCUGUUCUUUUUGUUUUAUACCUGGUUCCGCGCGCGACGCCUCGUAGGCCGACAUCCGGAUCUGCCAUAUCUAAGAGUUGUCGAGGAGCUGGCGGUGGGGGCUGCAGCGGGGGCUUGCGCAAAGUUGUUCACCACCCCGGUGAGCAACGUUGUCACACGGAGGCAGACGGCGUCGUUGCUGGAUAGGUCGCCGCCUUCCUCACCUACACGGAAACAACAAACGCAAAAGGGGUUUUGGGAGGUGCUGAGGGAGAUUCAGGCUGAGAAAGGGGGUGUUCUUGGACUGUGGGCUGGGUAUUCAGCAUCUUUGGUCCUGACGCUCAACCCAAGCUUGACAUUCUUCUUGCAGGCGAUACUGAAGAGGGUGUUGGUCGACAGAAAGAAGUGGGACGAUCCGGGGAGCGGGAUCACCUUUUUGCUGGCGGCGAUGAGCAAAGUUGGCGCUACUGCUGUUACCUACCCGUUUCAGAUUGGAAAGGCGAGGCUGCAGAUGGGGCAUAAGAGUAGUAAGGGUGAGGGUGAAAAGGAGAAGAGGGGUGGGAUCUUUAAUACUGUGGCGAGGAUACGAAGGGAGGAGGGGGUCAGGGCGUUGUAUGAUGGGAUUGGAGGCGAGUUGUUGAAGGGUUUCUUUAACCACGGGACAACAAUGCUGACAAAGGAUGUGGUGCACGGGGUUAUUAUUAAGCUGUAUUACAUCGUGGCUGGGUUCUUGGUGCAAUGGCCUGCUUUGAAGAGGAUAUUGGUGGAGAGGAUGAGGAAGAGAAAUGAGAAAGGGGGCUGGCAACUGGUUGGGAUGGGAGUGCUGGCGGAUCUGGUAAAAGGCGGGAGGAUUGGGGCAUCAAUGAUGAGGUGA